CGACACACCACUACGCAGGAAUCUAUGAAUUAUUCUCUGUAAUAAAACAGAAAUCAUCGGUAGAUGAUAAGAUGUUCGUGAAGGAUGCUCAGUAGUACGCUAGAAGGCAAAGCAUAAGGAUGGCCAGAUUUGGAUUGCUCCCGGUGUGUGCGAUUGUGUUAAGUGUUCUAGCACAGCUAUCUGCACAGGCGAAUGAUGACAAUACGUUCGCCGUGUUCCGGCAGAAGAGAUAUUACUUUAGUGAUUCGUUCAAGCUGAACUGGUUCAAAGCGAUGGAGUACUGCAGAAAACGCGGAAUGUUUCUGCUCUCAGUGCGUAAUCCCCAAGAGCGGGAAGCAGUGAUCGAGUACCUAGGCAGUACGGGGUACACUAAAACGCACAACGGCCUGUGGGCUUGGAUGUCUGCAAACGAUCUAGGCGAGGAAGGGGAAUUCUAUUGGUCAACGACUGGCGAACGGGUAACAUACCCGAACUGGAGCGAAACGGAGCCAAACGAUUUUAAAAUUGACGACUGCACUAACGAGGACUGUGCCAUUCUCGAGUACUGGUCGGAGGGUGGUGCCAAUUACAAUUACACCUUCAACGAUCGCAGCUGCAUGCGAGAAUAUCAUUUUAUCUGCGAGACACUGUUAGACUAGACGACGGAAAUGCCUCUUCGAAAGGUUCUCUUAACACUCCUUUUUUAUUAAAUAAAAUCCCAGUAAGAACCGAAGCAACCGAAACUCACUGGUUGCUCUGAUAAGGAUACAUGGAUUAAAACUAAUGUUGAAUCUGAUUAAGGCCUUGA